AUGGCUGCAGUAUGGAUCACGGCUCUGAUGACUGUGAUGCUGGGCUUGGCCAGAGCAGGGCCGGUUCCCACUUCCAGGUCUGCCACACCUGGGAGAAACUGCCACAUUGACAGGUUCAAAUCUCUGCCACCAGGAGAUCUAGAGGACUGCAAGAAAGCCAAGGAUGCCUUGGAAGAGUCGCUCUUGCUGAAAGACACGAGCUGCAGCUCUCGCCUUCUCCCCAGGAACUGGGACCUGCGGAAGCUUCCAGUGUGGCAGCGCCCCAUGGUCUUGGAGGCUGAGCUGGCCCUGACACUGAAAAUCCUGGAUAUCGCAGCUGACACGACCCUGGGGGAUGUCCUGAAUCGCCCCCUUCACAUGCUGAGCUACAUCCACUCCCAGCUCCGGGCCUGUGUGAGUCCUCGGGCUCAGCCCACAGCAGGCCCCAAGCCCCAGGGCCGCCUCCUCCACUGGCUGCAGCAGCUCCAGGAGGCCCCGGAGAAGGAGUCCCCUGGCUGCCUCCAGGCCUCCAUCAUGUUUAACCUCUUCCGCCUCCUCACGUGGGACCUGAAAUGUGUCGCCAGUGGAGAGACGUGCAUCUGA